UUCAAGAGAUUACAAGAUCAAAAUUUUAAAUUUGUAGAGCCUGAAAUCUACAGCUUGAACACUGGUUCGAAUCUCGAGAGUUGGGAUUAUAAAUCUUUGGUGUGAGAUGGGAAACGCAGUUGCAUCGUCUCUGGGUCGGCGGCGGGUGAAAAUCAUGAAGCUUGAUGGGGAGGUUCUGAAAUUUAAGCCUCCUGUGACUGUAGAACAGAUUGUGCAAAACUACCCAAAUCAUGUUAUAUUGCAAUCUGAGGCUGUUCGUCAUAUGGGUAUACGGGCCCAGCCAUUGGAAGAAUUAAUGGAACUCAGGCCAAAGCAGCUUUAUUAUCUGGUUGAGAUGCCCAAGAGAGAGGAUCUCAGAGCACCCACCCGGGUUCGAUCUGUGAUCAAUAUGAGCGCUAAGUCAAGGCUUGAGGCCAUGCUUUUAGCUCGAAGAUCUAGCUCUGAUAUUGGUGCCCUCAGUUCUUCCCAUUGUGUUUCAUCUUCGUCUCUUGACGGUGUAAAUGGUGGCCCCAUUAGGGUUCAGGUUCGUUUGACAAAAGCUCAGCUUGCUGAAUUGGAGUCCCAAAGCAAGAACAGUUCUGAGACUGCCCAGAAGAUUCUGAGUUUUUAUCUUAAUGAUGGGGAGGCCCGGAAAAGUGUAGGGCAUAGCCAUGAUUUUUCUCAAGCGUCUGGAUUGAGAAGCUCUCUUAAGACAUUGCCCAAGACUGAGAGAAGAAGCGUGCGAUUUAGUUCUAAUGUACAAAGCGACGAAGAUUUCUAAAGAGAGGGAGAGUGAGUGGUUUAUCUGCCUUUUGGGUCAUAACUUACCAUUCUUUCUCGGAGAUUUGUUGAAUUUCAUGGCGGCAUUCGACGUCUAACACGAGUAACAUGUCAUUUUUUAGAAGUUCUGAAAGGAAUUUGCUAGAUCUCUGUAAUCAUUCUGCCUUUUCUGAUAGGGACUAAUCGGCAAGGGCCCCAUUUGUGAGGCCCUAAACUGUUUUCAUUCUUUAAUUGACAAACUUAGUUGGAUAUACUUUUGUAGAGGAAGUGUACAAAUCUGUCUGUCAUCCUAAAUGGAAUAAUGAUCUGGCAUUGGGUCCAGUUCGCAGUGUAUUCGUUACCUUUGGAUGAAUUCGUUUGUAUGUAAUC